CAGCUUAUACCGCAAAUCAUCAUCAAUUAUCGUCGCCACAACACCAUUGGCUUGCAGCCCUCAAUGAUGAUGCUGUGGGCGUGGGCAGGUGUUCCCCUGGGGGUGUACAACAUCACCAAAAAGUUCAAUGUGGCCUUGCGCAUCCAGCCUCAGAUAUUGACAUUGCUCAGCCUCAUCACUUGGACGCAAUGCCGAUAUUAUGACAAAAAAUGGCUCAUCUCCCGUUGUCUUCUUGUGGUCAUCCCAAUCGCUCUCGUCAUGGCUGGCAUACAAAUUGGCCUCAUUUUUGCUCUUCGAGCCGCCCACUCUUCGCAUCUCACAUGGCCAGACACGUUGAUGGCAGUGCUCUCGGCUGCUCUUCUUGCCGCUGGCGUCCUCAGACAUUAUUGGGAUAUAUAUGUCCACCGAUCGGUCCGUGGGAUCUCGUUCAUCUUUGUAGGUAUCGAUGCCGCCGGCGAUCUCUUCUCUCUGAUCUCGGUGUUUUUCCAACCCAGGCUGGAUAUACUUGGUAUGGUGAUUUACGGAACCGAGUUGGCCCUUUGGACGGGCGUGUUCGCUUGCGGGGGAUAUUUCAACUUGCUCCCAUGGAUAAAACAAAACCUCAAGCCCUCUUCAGAAAGCGAUCUGUCUUCCAACGCUUCUGAGCCACCCGCAGACUCAACCACUCAACCAGUUCAUGGCAUAUCUCUUCAAAAUAUGCCGUCAUCCACGUCCGUAUUUAGGACGCCAUCAAGCGAGAUUGCUGUUGCGAGGAUUAGAGCCGGGUUCCAAGAUGUUGAAGAUGAGAGGGACGCGGUCUCGUAA